UAGUAAACGAUUUUCAUUGUCCAACUUCAUGGGCAGCUAAGUAUGGAAAGAAUCCACCUUGCAGGUUUAGAAUAUCCCCUCGUCAAUAGAGAAUCAGCAAUAUUACAAGUUCUAAACGCUUUUGAAGCUACUUAUCCUUCGGACUCAGAAGGUGUAAUCCAAGGUCAGCGACCAAACGUGUGUUAUGCACCCCAAAUGUAUGGGAGUGGUAAAAGCACUUUUGGGGAGAAUUUCCAAACCUUUCUUUUGGCCAACAAAGACAGCUUGUUGCGUUAUUUGAAUAUGAACAAUAUGUUUCCUGGCGUUGCAAGGGGUGAAAAUGUAGGCGAACGUGCUUUGGACGCUUUGCUUAAUGAAACUUUAUAUGUCAAGUUGAACCUUGUUGAAGUACCAAACGGAACUAGUUUUGAAACGACACUUUUGAAGUGGAUAAGCGAGGAGGCACUUGCUGAGUUUCCAAACGGUUCAGAAUUGCUAUCUCAAGUUCUUUGUUGCAUGAAUAGUUCCGAAGAAUGGCUGCAGAAACUCUUGCAAGUUACCCAAAAACGUUAUUUAUAUCUAUUCAUUGACGAAAUUGGAGCUUUAGAAGGUUUUGAAUUCUCCAAGUUUGAGGAUUUGAUAUACAGUUAUGGACCAACUCCGGUGCACAACAUUUAUCGUGCCUUUUUUAGAGUCUUGUCCAGUUUGUUAGUCAGGCCUUUUGUAAUUUGUGUUGUCGCAGGAAGAUCAGAUGCUAUUAUCACAAGACAACGAGAUGCCAGUAUUUCACGAGUAAGGUUGUCUUUUCUUUGUUUGGAUCCCUUUUCAGAAGAGACUGUCAAGUUCUUUAUACAAAAUACGACGUAUCAUAAUGAAUCUAUUCUAAAGCUUCUUUUUCCUAAUCAUCCAGAAGGACACGAUUGGUUUUUUAAACAAAUACAUAGUUAUACUGGUGGUGUUCCUUAUUACGUUGUUUAUGUUUUAAAGAAAUUGUGCGAGACUUGUAGAAUUGUUUCGAGAUCCAUUGAUCCUUCAGAGGAUGAAAUCCAAAGGAGAAUAGAGCAAAUUCCUCCUGACUCUUCGCUUUCGGUGAGACCUUCUCAUAGGACACCAGAGGCAAUGACUACUUUCACUGCUAUGCUUCUCGCGAGUAUGUUAGAAUUUCGUAUUCCUAUGGAAGAGACUCUGUUGGGUAGUGUAUCUAUGGGACUUGAUUCCAAAUAUGUUCUGGAUAUUGCUAAUCAUUUUGGUUUUUAUUACGAAAAUUGUUCUAAGAAUGAACACGGUGAAGAGAUUGAAGCAAGUCUCAACCCAAUAGAACAAACAUUUGUCAAGUUGGUUUUUCCAAAAAUUGCUUUAAAGUAUAUCGAAAUUGAAUGCUGGGAUGUUCAUCGUAUUCGUUUUAUUUGUAGUUUGUUUUCAUCCAUUAGUCGCUUUGACUCACCUUCUAGUCGUGGUUUCAAGUUUGAAAUUAUAUUUACUCUUAUUCUUUAUGUUCGAUGGUGUUUUCGUUCCAGAUUGGGUGAAUUGAGUCUAUUUCGGCAUAGUCUUGUAGAAGAUAUUCCUAUAAAAGUUGGGCGGAGAGUGUUAGGAGAAUUCGAAAAGGAUCCUAUUCUCAAGUGUGUUCCAGCAUUGAGUUCCACAGUUGUUGGUAUUCAUAGUGCCAGCGAAGAAACUUAUCAUGUGAGUGCUUGGAAGCCGUUGUUUGAAACUUGGUUAUCAAAUGAUGGAAUAUUUAUUCCUACAAGGCAAAACUCCAGUGGACCUGAUGUUCUUAUUCGAGUAACACAAACUAGCGACAAUUCUAUUCUUAUUGGACAAGAUGCAUCUUCUGUAGAGCAAAUAUCCAUGGAAACUGAAACCAGUGCAAGUGAUAUUUUGAACAAACGGAGGAUCUAUUUGAUUGGGAUUGCAUUGAAGUGUUAUCAAAUGUCAAGUCCUGGUGUUGGACGUUCUAUAAUUAAAGCAGAAUGUGCUAAAUUUUUACAUCCAGUUGCGUCACAAUUGGACUUGGAGAAUCAUAAUAUAAUGGCAAUUCAGUUUAUUGUAAGCAACAAGUAUACUGCAGAAGUUUCCAAACAGCUGAGAGAUAACCAAAAUUGGGUAUUGGAUAGUGGAAUUUAUUAUGAAGACCAUAACAAUCAUAUUGUCUCUAGUCCUAUCAAUUCUG